AUGAGGACAAAUCGCGGCAUGGAGUUGCCAGAGGACUUCUGGAUACCCGUUGCCCUGGACACUAACAACAUCACAUCACUGAGUCCUUUUCUGGUUCCUCAGGACCACCUGGGUGGCACGGGCACCUUCUACAUCAUGGCAGGAUUCAUGUUCUUUUUAUUUACAGUUGGCACUAGCAUUAACGUCCUCACCAUUGCAUGCACCAUCCAGCACAAGAAGCUCCGUUCCCAUCUCAACUACAUCCUGGUGAACUUGGCCGUGGCAAACCUUCUUGUGUCCUGUGUGGGCUCCUUCACUGCCUGCUGCUCCUUUGCAACCAGAUAUUUCAUCUUUGGACCUCUAGCAUGCAAGAUUGAGGGUUUUAUGGCGACACUUGGCGGUAUGGUAAGCCUGUGGUCUCUUGCUGUGGUAGCAUUUGAAAGAUGGCUGGUCAUCUGCAAACCACUUGGAAACUUUGUUUUCAAGCCUGACCAUGCCAUAGCUUGCUGUGCAUUUACCUGGGUGUUUGCACUGAUUGCCUCACUACCUCCACUGUUUGGAUGGAGCAGAUAUAUCCCAGAAGGCCUGCAGUGCUCCUGUGGUCCAGACUGGUACACCACGAACAACAAAUACAACAACGAAUCCUACGUGAUGUUUCUUUUCUGCUUCUGCUUUGCUGUUCCCUUCGCCACCAUUAUCUUCUGCUAUGCUCAGCUGCUCAUCACACUGAAAAUGGCAGCGAAGGCCCAAGCUGAAUCUGCCUCCACCCAGAAGGCAGAGCGGGAGGUGACCAGGAUGGUGGUCGUCAUGGUGCUGGGCUUCCUGGUGUGCUGGAUGCCUUACGCCUCCUUUGCUCUUUGGGUCGUCAACAAUCGGGGACAACCUUUUGACCUGAGACUGGCAACCAUUCCCUCCUGUCUGUCCAAAGCCUCCACAGUCUACAACCCUGUCAUCUAUGUUCUCCUCAACAAACAGUUCCGUUCAUGCAUGAUGGCGAUGGUGGGGAUGGGUGGAGGUGAGGAGGAAUCCUCCACAUCACAAUCAGUAACUGAAGUCUCCAAAGUUGGGCCUGCUUAG